AUGGCUGACCACGGCAAACCCGAAGGCAAGUCUAGAGGCAAGUCCGAAAACAAAUCUUAUCUUGAGCGGGGGGCGGGAGGUAGCAGCUGCAGUGAAAACAGUAGCACCCUAAGACAAAAGAAAAGCCGGGGGGGCUCCUUGCGUCGGAAAUACCACUCCGAGUCCAAGUCCAGCUCCGGGAGCCGAGGCUAUAGCCAGGGCCCAGUGCGCUCUGUCCGGGAAGACCGAGACGAUCCCUUUGAGGGCCAAGAGGCUUCCAGAGCCAGGUAUUCCCCACACAGCUCCCGAGUGGAGAGGGGAAAAUGGUGGGAGCGGGGCGGAAGCCGAAUCCACGCCGCCUUGAAGCGGCGAGAACGAGAAAAAGAGAGAGAGAGGCGUUCUCUAGAGAGAGGCGCGGCUACCUCCAACCAGAAUCCACCUUCGAAACAGUGGUUCAAGGUCACAAUUCCCAAUGGGCGAAAUUACGAUAAAACCUGGCUUUUGAGUGCACUUCGGGGAAAAUGCAGUGCUGCCCUCAAUCCCGUUGAGUUUCACUACGAGGAUAAAAAGGCCCACUUCUUUGUGGAGGACCCGCACACUGCCUCUGCCCUGAAAGCCGCCGAUCACAAUAUUGUAGAUUGUGAUAGCCACCGAAUCUCUAUCGUAGUCAGUACAUCGAGCCCACCGUAUUCGGUGCAGAACGAACUGAAGCCCGAACAGCUAGAGCAGCUGAAGUUUGUCAUGAGCAAGAGGUACGACAGCGUUCAGAAGUCCCUUAACCUAAAGGGCCUUCGCUCGGACCCGGACCUCAUGACUCAGUGUAUUGAUAUAGUUUUGAAUCGUAAAAAUUACAUGACCGCAUCGGUCCAAAUCAUCGGGGAAAAUAUCCCGCAACUCCUUUCGCUGAACCUGAGUAACAACCGAAUUUACAAACUAGAUGACUUUGCCGAGAUAGUGCACAAAGCGCCCAACCUCAGAAGCCUCAACCUUUCGUGCAAUGAACUGAAGUCAGAACGGGAGCUGGAUAAGGUGAAGGAGUUAAAGCUGGGGGAACUGUGGCUGGUGGGAAAUCCCCUGUGCAAGGUCUUCCGAAACCGCGCCUCCUACCUUACUGCCAUCCGGGAACGGUUUCCCACGUUGCUCAGGCUAGAUGGCCAUGACCUGCCACCGCCGGUCGCUGCCGUCAGCGUAGAAACACCUACGCCCGUUGCCUUCGACGUUGAGAAGCCCACUAUGCUACCAAGCUGCAAGGGCAGCUACUUUGGAUCCGAGACCAUGAAGGGCAUGGUCACGUAUUUCCUACAACAGUAUUUCUCAGUGUAUGACAGUGGAGACAGGCAGGGGCUGCUGGAUGCCUACCACGAGGGAGCUUGCUGUUCUUUAAGUAUUUCUGCCAACAUACAAAAUCCAUCUCAGUAUAAUAUGAGUAAAUAUGUGAAAGACAACAGGAAUGUGAAAAAAGUCAAAGACUCGGGCCUGCGGUUCCACCUUCUAAAACACUCCCGCCUUGCCGUUAUCACCUUCAUCAACGAACUGCCAAAGACCCAGCAUGAUAUGAAUUCCUUCGUGGUAGAUGUUUGUGCCCAGACAGAGACAUUGCUAUGCUUUUCCGUAAACGGAGUCUUUAAGGAAGUAGAAGAAAAAUCGAAUACCAUCAGAGCUUUCACAAGAGUCUUUAUUGCUGUCCCCUCAAAUAAUGCUACCAGGAUGUGUAUGGUGAACGAUGAGCUGUUUGUAAGGAAUGCCAAUCCUGAAGAGAUCCGCCGGGCUUUCGCCGCAGUACCAGCUCCACUCACGUCGUUCUCUACUUCCAUGGUCAACAUUUUCCAAGAACAACAAGUCAUAAUACAAUCGUUUUCUACUCAAUCUGGAAUGAAUCUGGAAUGGUCCAAGAAAUGCCUACAGGACAAUAACUGGGACUUUCCUCGAGCCGCACAGAUCUUUACGCAGCUCAAGGUGGAAGGCAAGAUUCCUGCAGUGGCAUUUCAGAAGUGA